AAUCAAAAGACCACUGUCACUACUCUCUCUCUAUUUCUUUCUUUCUUUCUCGUUUUGUACAUAGCAUCACCUUGAUUCACUAUAUAUGAUUAACAAAUAUAAUGAAUAACCAGGACACCGCAGCAAUAAUAGCCUUAGAAAAGAAUACAACCAUGUUUGAACUUGUCGGUGUUCAUGGUAGAAUAACACUGGACAACGUCUAUCUCAAUGGUUUACAUGCACUUCGACGUUUACAUCUACGUAAUCUCUCCAAUCGACCCAUUUCAAUUAAAAUGCGCUCUAACUUACGAAAUCAAAUCGCCUUUCAACUUGAAAACGAGAAUAUUUCCAAUCUUUCCGAUUUCUCUGCAACUACAAAUACAGUCGAUUGGUCUCGGCAAGAUCAUCCUUUUAAUCAACUCUUCAAUUAUAUCAACCAUAUUGAUCAGAUUGAACUCAAACCUAACGAGACUAGACCAUUUAUACUCGCAUUUUUACCAGAAGAUACAAGUGAUUAUAAUACCAUCUUGGAUGAAGAGGAUUCACAUACAUUCAACAUAUUCAACGUCACUGGAAGUAUAUUCUUUUUCGGUUAUUAUCUUGAUACGAUGUCACCUUCAUUGGAUGAUCAUAAGGAUGUGUUGUCUACUUCGACCUUAGCCGACUAUCAAGUCUCUGUCAAAUUUAGAGCAAGUGUAUGUCAAUCUGCAUUAUGGACAGACAUCACACAAACCGGACUUAACUUUGAUGAUUGCGUGCUAGGAGAGACAUAUUAUAAGGACUUUACUAUCCAUAAUCGAUCAGAAAUCGACCUCUUUUGGCUACUCAACAUAUCUGAUUUAGUUGCUUACUCAAAUUACUCACUCCAAUUCAUUGAUGUCCUCACAGGUGAUCCAAUACAUAAUUCAUAUACGUCACUCGCAAGUUAUGCAACAAGACAAAUUCGUGUCAUUUUUAUGCCAAAAGAAGUAGGCGAAUUUAAUUAUGAUUUGCAACUGGAAAAUGCAAAUGACUCUCGAAAUGUCGUACAAACCAAAGUGCACGCGACCGUGCGGUCUGUCUUGAGAAAAGAAACGUUGAUUGUGAGUAGUGGUCAAGUCGUUGAUUUUGGAGACUGUAUAUCGGGUACUUGGGCUGUUCAACAAAUUGUAUUGAACAAUAUCAGUGAAAGUCCUGUGGAAGUCAAGUUUAUUCCAGAAGGUGCUGAAGUUAUCUUUGAUAUCAAACAAGAUACAGCUGCUGAUGAUACACAACCCGAUAACACAUCAUCUACACCAACACCAGCGUCAAGGUUCAUCAGGCGAAAGUUUAACAACAGUAACAAUAGCAGUAAUCGUACUGCGACGCCUACAACGCCUACUACAGCAACAACACCUGUUGCAGGAUAUAGUGAAGUGUCAGGUCAGAACAGUGAAUUUAGCUCCAGGUCGACAUCACCAACGCCAUCUCGCACAGUCACUGAACCCGAUAGCGUGCUUUCACCUGUGACCGAAUUACCGCCUAGUGGUUCACGUGUCUACUUCCCUUCUCAGCCUACAAUUGUCGAGGAUUCUGAUUCGGAUUACGGUACAGUUGGAGAGAUCAAUGCCUUGUAUACAGAAACAAGCUCUUGGAGUGAUGGUAUCAGUAUUACUACCAAUUCAACCACUAUGGCCACUACUGCUGGUACUACUGCCAAUGCUUCAAAUGUAGCACAAGCAGUUCAAGGGGCAGCCGAGAACUACACUCGAAUCGAAGAUCUCGUAAUUAAGCCAGGUACAGAGCGAACCAUUCAAGUGUCUUAUCGUCCACAAAAAGAUGCGUCCAUCAACGACUUUAAUGCUGGCCAAUUGAUUCGAAGAAGCUUUAGAAUCAUGCUUGAGUAUGGUACAUUUCGAUCUGCAGAACCUAAACAGCGAAAGGUGAUUCAAUGUAGAGCAAGAACAUGUACUUCGUUUGUUGAAGUUAUUCCUAAAGUGAUUAAUUUCGGCGAUACUGACGUGGGCACACUGAAAUCAUUGCCCAUCAAGAUCUUUAACAGAUCUGACAUUGUGGCUCGAGUCGAACUGCAGUUCAUCUCAAAGGUCCUAAAUUGCCAACGAGGCGAAAUUACGAUACAGCCCAGGAGUUAUGUCGAGCUUAAACUAGAUUUGUACCCUCGUAAAGUCAACCCAGAUUACCGUAAACAGAUUACUUUGGUGAAUUAUCUAAACAAGGACAACGAUCAGAUCAUUGAAGUUCACAGUACCAAUAUUGAUAAGAACCGAGUGACAUUUCAUUCUCUGUUUUAUCGUAUCCUGACUGCAACUGGUGCUAACUUCUUGGAUUUUGGGUCGAUCGCUUUGAAUUCGCCUGCGAUUCGAACGUUCACGAUUGAGAACAUUCGAGACAAGCCAUUGACUUUAGAGAUUACAACAUCACUACCUGGAGACAUUGUUAUUUAUACAAGAAAUAAGCAAAAGCCAGCCGAAGAUGCUUUAACAUCAGCUGCAUCGUCGCCUCCAACCUCAAAGUUGCUGAAUUCCAUCACAGCAGAAUCUAUUGAAAAAGAAGAGAGCAGUAAAGAUCAAUCAGAAAUACAAGCAGAGAUGAAUGAAGUCACUCCUCGAAGGCGUUCUAAACCGUCCCCGGAAUCCUUCAGUAGUCGUCGUAUUACGUCCAAUACAAAAGCCAAGCUCUCGGAUGAUACAAAUGUUUUACAGCAAAAAGCGAUCAGUGACAAUAAUAAGCAUUCUUUGGCGUCCAAGAAGAUACAAGCCUGCAUUCAGCAGCUUAAAAUGGAUCAGGUUCAUUUAUCUACUGCCUACCUUGAUUUAGCUUUACCUCCCAUAAAGGCAAAGAAGAGAAGAAUCAUUCAGAUUGACCCAAAUACGCCUUUGCUCAAGAAUACGCGCCAUGGCCGAUUGAUCAGCAUUGCCAACGGAAAAGACAUGGCGCCUGAAACUAUAGAGCUUCUUAAACGGAGUCGAUUAGUUCAACAUCGACAAAACUCUAACGGCUCCUCACCAUCGAGCUCAGCAUCGUCAACACCCUCUACUAAGAAGCUGACUGUUACAACAGGUAAGAGGGAUGUUGCUUCUGUCAAGAUUUUGGACAACAUUGGACGUCACGAUAGUUUUGGGACGAGAAGUGCUAAAACGAAGCGGUCUUUGGGGAUUACUGCUGCUCGAUACAAGUCAAGGAAAAAUCUGGAUUGGUCUGAUAUCGCUGGCAAGUCUCGAGUUCCAUUUGAGGACCUUAUUUCUGUACUUGAGCAUGGAUCUAAGGCGGCUCCACCUCUGUUUCCAAAACAAGCUGCAGAAGAACAGUUUGUUCGUUAUCAAUUGGCUUGGAGACGUGAGCUAAACCGGUUGAUUGAAAAAAAGAUUUUGGUGCCUACAUCUGUUGUCUGCGUGGAUCCUAAGCAAGAGGAGGAAGUGGUUGUUGUCAUGACACCAGCAAGCGCUACAAAACCACACAUACAGUCUGCACCUAAGAAACAAGAUGCCCGCGUCUUUUUGAGGCUUUUGGAGUUUGAUCGUAACAUUGAGCAAACUGAAUUUGAAAAUCUGCUUGAUCUGGAUAAUGCUGAUAUACCUGUUCGUGAAGUCAUACUACGUUCUCAGCUAUGUCGAUCAGUCAUGGACUUGGGUCAAAAGAACAUUAAUUUCGGCUUGGUGGAACGAAAUGAACGGCAUACCAAAACCAUAGUGCUUCAUAACCGGAGUGAGACGCCAUUGCUGUACGCCAUCCGUAAGUCAGGGUCUAUUGCUUCGGGUGAUAUCGAACUGGAUGCCGGUCGAUAUGGUGUCGUAAGGGCUUAUGGUAAACGGGAGGUAGAAUUUAUCUUUGAACCCACAUUACCUGGCCCCUUUAUGGAGAAGCUGAUUGUAGAAAACAUUAGGGACAGAACGAACGACCAGGUGUUGCUGUUGAAAGCUCAAGUGCGAAAACCUUCUACAUUCUUGAUCAAGUCUUUGGAGAUAACGUUUGGUGAUUGUCUAAUAGACCAAACAUGUCCUCGCUCAGAAUCAAUUGUCCUGACCAACACGAACAAGCAAUCACGUAUGUUUGAAGUUCGCGUGGAUCCAAAUGAAGUAGACUUUGGCCACUUUUAUGGUGAAUUUGACUUUGAUGUCAAGGAUGAUGAAACCAAUACAAUAUCAAAAGAAGCAGAAGAAGAGAUUGAAAAUUUGGAGCAGAAACUCAAAAUUGCUAAACGUAAGGCUCAGCCGGAUAAAGUUAAAAAGUAUCUGCGCAAGUUGGCAAAGUUGAAAAACUUGGAUCAAGCGGAUUCAAAGUCUGCUCCAGCUACUGGAGCAAAGGACACUGCAUUACCUGAUACACCUCUCGGUUCUUCAUCAUCAAGUAGUUCAUUAGCGUUAACAAAUGCUGCAAAGGAAGGUGGUGCUGUGUUUAAAAAGACGGCAGAGAGCGUUGUAUUUCCAUUGGAUGCCCAUGCCACCAAGACAGUCCGGGUAUCAUUCAAACCUGUGCCAAGACCUCUGCAUACUUCUGAUAUACCUACAAAAAGCCAACCUAUAUCUAUCAAGGGACGUAUCCUGGUUCAUGAAUACAAAAACACAGAUGUCUGCAAAAGUGUUGUCUAUACUGCCAAUGUGUUUGCAGAUGAAGCUUUGUUUGUCGAUGCUUUAACAAAGGAUAAUGGUGACGGCAGCUCCAAAGCUGAAAGUACCCCUGUCUCCGGUACGGUCAGUAUUGUUACUACACCAGUGCGUUCUCUUUCAGAAUCUCCAUUUGUUGAAGGAAAUAUCCCCGAAAUGAAGGAGGAGGGACAGAGAGAAAACGAGGAUUAUUUGAAGCUAGAGCGCGAUUUCUUUGACAGUGGUCGUAUCGAGAUUGAUCAAAAAGCAGUGUUCUAUGUCCGUAUGGCGAAUGAAUCUGAUGAACCUGUUGGUUUUGAAAUUAUUGGCGAUCCCAAGGAUGAUGUCUUCCAGUUUGAAGUUGUUCAAGAUGGUGGAGGAAUGAUAUUGAAGCCACACGAAACAAGAAAGGUGUCUUAUUCAUUAAAACCUAGCAAGAUAGGGAAACAUCAGUACACGUUCUCUAUUAGAAACAAGCGUACACAUGCCCUUCAAUCGUUUACUACGCAAUGCCUUGUCCAUUACUCAAGUUACCUUGAUUUCCCUUCACUUAAUGAUGAAUCUAACGGUGUCCUCGACUUGGGCUUCUCCUAUGUUGAUCCCGGUUCCAAGUAUUCUCAAGUCACGCCUUUACUGGUGGAAAAUACGUCUGGAAGGGAUAUAUAUAUAACCUGUCAAAGUAACUUGGCACAUCAAGUGUUAAUUUUUAUGGACGAAGCUGGUGAACGUGGUCUUGUUGAUAUGAUGCCUUUGAAGCGCGGUGGUAUGACCACUGUUUGGGUUGCAGUUCAACCUAAUCUCUUAACAGGCUAUCUUGGUAAUAACUCUGCGGAUGAGUGCCGUGAGCUGAUUGGAGGUAUCAAAUUCUUUAUUCAUGAAAAGGAUGAAAGAAACCAAGACGAAAUGCUUCUUAUGCUGACUCAAACCGUAAAAUUCACUUCUAUCAUCGGACAAUCGCAUCUGGAAGUGUCAGAUCGAGUGAUUAACCUCGGCUAUACUGACUUGCUCGACAAGGACUUUUAUGGUGCGUUUACUAUCACCAAUAAAUCUGGACAGUUACCUCUGGAUUAUGAAGUUGAAUGCGCAACAGGAAAUAUUGAAUUGGAUAGACGUGGUGGUACGCUAAAUGGAUGGCUAAGCACGAAGCAAAGAGGAGGCAUCGACAUGGGUAUUAGUACUAAUGGCAAGACACAGCACGGUACUAACUUGGAGCUAGACAGUUCAGGCUAUGGAAGCCGCCGGUGCUCUUAUGAUGAUAUGGCUGCUGUCACGUCGUCCUUAACUCAGAUCACUUUCCGUGUCAAUGCCUACCAGUACGGCUUAUUGACAGAGAAACUUAUUGUCACCAAUAAGAGAAACAGUCAAGAAGUCUUUGAGAUAGACGUUCGCUUAUUUGUGGACUGCAAGAAAUUAGAUGCAUGGGCACUUCCUUCCAAGAAGCUGCUGCAUAGUACCCUUUUGACAAACCAUCAACAUGGUACUGCUGAUGAUCAAACGGAACAUCUUGAAGCGGAUCCUCUACCAAUGAUUAAAUGGGAAAGCAUUUAUGUACGCCCUUUGCUUCAUGAUGAAGACCACCAGAAACCAGCUUUACAACUCUUAGAUCUACCAGAACAGGAUAUUAUGAAGCACUAUGUACGUGAGCUUGAUAUUGCUAAUACAUCUGGGCAACCUAUGCAUCUUGUGGUACUGAGUGAUCUUGACAUUGCUGCUGGUUGGAUAGUAGAUGAGGACAAAGUGAAAACUAUCGCAGUGAAGCACAAGAAUCCUGUCUUUAACCAAAGAAGUGGUCAAUUCGCUCUACAGCCUGGCCAAAGGGUACGUGUUCGCAUCAACAGUCCUUCUGCUGAUAAGCUAAAUGAUGAUGGACGUUCCUUGGCACUUCAAGGAAAAAGUGGGCCAUUGAAAGGUAUGAUGAUGUUAUAUGACGCACGCCAGAGUCUUGAAGUACUUGCACUUGAACUGGAAGCCUUGUUCUGUGUCUCUCGAACUGAAAUAUCCGUUGACCACAUCAAUUUGGGUAAAAUUGGUCAUAGCACAUCCUACAAGCCAGUCCGCUUUGAAUUUCAAAUACACAAUCUAUCUGACGUUCCUGCCACCUACGAUAUCCACAGCCCUUCGUUUGUUAAAUUUACACCACUCGAUAGAAACGGAGUUGCGCUAAAACAGAAAACAUUCUAUAUACCCUCACGAAAGACGCAACGUGUCGAAGGCUUGCUUAUACCAAAGGAAAUGCCUGACCAAUCAUCUGGUCUUCAUCACAUAGACAUUAAUAUUGAAAACCUGCGAAACAACUCCAACAUUAUGAAUUUACAACUGAAAGCGCUCAUGACUGUAUUUGAAUUACGGUUUGAAAGAUUAUCAAGCAGUGGUGACCUCGUUUUGCCUACUCUUCAUCAUCCAAUCAUGCUACCAAAUACAACCUGUGAUAAUUGGUUUAUUAUUCACAACAAGACAGAAGAUGAUCUUCGUUUUGAAAUUGGCGCUGAUAUUGAAUCAGAGCUGAAAGAUUAUGUAUCCCUUGAUGUGCUAUCACGUUAUACCAAUUCUCCUCUCAGAGGUGAUAUCGCUAUUGGUCCUUUAGGAAGUAUAGAAGUACGUGUGAGAGCAUCACCAAACGAAUCCUCUCGGUUACCCCAAAAUCGUCCAGAGUUUACUGAUCCAGCAGGUAUUGUUCUAGCCAAGCUUUGGGUGACAACUCGUCCAGCUGAAGAAGAUCUUGAUGGGUACGAUAUUGAUGACGGAAGAGUAAAAGAGACGAUCUUGGUUCGUUGUGUUUUGGAAGAAAGAGGGACAUUUACUUUACAAGAAGAAAGACUUGACUUCAAGUUAGUGACAUACUAUCAAGAAAAUGAAGAAGGGUCGAACCUUACAGACUCAGCAUGUAUGCCUGACAGUUUACCGUUGACAAUUAUCAAUCAUGCAACCAAGGUGCCACUACGGUUUCAAGUGACGGUUGAAGGCCCAGCUGAGUUUCCAGCACAUGAGCUUGUCCAAAUAAAUGGUAUAGAUGAAGAGGGCAAAGGCAUAGUCAAUCCUGAUGAUCGUUUGACUCUCUCAGUUGCCAUUUCCAACCAUAAAGAAAGCGUACCUGGUCAAUUAAAGAUUCAUGUAGAUGACUUGGAUGCUUUAGGAGUCUCCCGACAAACUGUUUUUAUGUACGUGACAGAAAUUGUUUGGGAUCUCUAAAUCAAUAUAAUAAUAAUAAAACUUAAUACAUUGCGUCAAUC